AUGAGAGUAAUUCAUACGUUUUUCAAUCUAUUCUUCUUAGCCGGAGCAAUAUUAUUAUUAAUUUUAACAGUAUUAUCUGGGUCAAUUAACAGUGGUACUUUCCGUACUUUCUAUUGGCUUCGAGCAGAUACUGCAGAUAUACCAAAUGCUCCUGCAGAUACCAGUGUAUGGACAUUCUGGGGUGUAUGUGACCAACAUAACUUUAAUAAUUGUUUAUUAGGUCCAGCAUAUCCUAUUUCACCAGUUGAUAAUUUUAAUACUGAUACAAAUAUUCCAGCAAAAUUUAUUGAUAAUAGAGAUACAUUUUAUUUCUUGAGUAGAUUUUCAUUUGCAUUUUGUUUAUUAGCUUUAGGAUUUGCUGGAUUAGCUUUUAUUAUUGAUUUAUUAGGAUUUUGUUUUGAAGCAAUUGAUAAAGUUGUUGUAUUUUUAAUUACAAUUGCUUUAUUUUUCCAAGCUGGUUUUGCUGCUUUACAAACUUCAGUUGUUGUAUUAGCUAGAAGUGCAUUCAAAGAUGGAAAUAGAAGUGCAAAAGUUGGUCCUUCAUUAAUGGGAUUUGUUUGGGCAACAUUUGCUUGUUUAUUCAUUUGUUGGGUAUUGACAUUUUCAUCAAAUAUUGCUCGUUCUUACAGAAAACAUAUGGAUAGAGUUAAAGCUGAAAGAGGUGAAGAAGUUGGUGGUGCAGGAGUUGCUGGUGAUGAAUCUUCUUUUACUAGAGCUGCUGCUCCUGCUGAACAUAAAGAUGAAGAACAUACUGGAGGUAUUAGAUUCUUUAAGAUUAAGAGAAAUCAAAAGGUUUCUGAUGAAGAUUCUGAAUAA